AUGGUAAGUAGAUGUUCUGGCGAUUCCUUUGGCUUCAGCUCUCUCGGAAACAUUGCUCUGGUCCUCGGUACCCUCACCGCUGGAGGUGGAAUUACCGGAUACGUCAGGACUGGAUCUGUGCCUUCAAUCGCAGCUGGUUGCACUGUCGGCUUACUGUACAUCCUCGGUGGCCUUCGUGUCAAUAGCCGCGCUGCCUAUGGUGUUGAACUCGCUCUUCUCGCCUCCGUCAUCUUGGCUGGUAGCUCUAUCCCGCGCGCAAUCAAGUCUGGAAAGCCUCUACCUAUCGGAUUGAGUAUUCUGGCGACUUUUGGCCUCUGGACUUUUGGAAAUGCCUUUAUGAGCAAGCGCGCUUGA